AACAUGUACCUUUCAGUGUUUGGGGAACAGACAGAGCUGAAUUGGUCAAAUUCCUUUCCUGGAAGUGGUGUAAAUGAAAUAACUGACUGCUUACUGACUGAAAUGCCACUGAAACUGGGUUUCCGAGACUACAGGUCUGGAUGCUAGCCCAAGUGUCUACGGGCUGUUUGCUUUGAGUUUCGGUUUAUGUUAUGCUUGUGGUUUCUGUCUCUUUCUUCGCAGAAUCCUGUCGCGUUCAGACGUGUCGAGGCAGAUCGGGACUUCAUGGAACAGAGUCAGAGGAAGAGUGGAAAGUCAAGUGGCCGUUCAGCAGAGCCUGAUCUGGGAGGAUGAAGGAGGAAUGUGGGCGGCCCAUGUCAGCUGCCUUGAAGUCUGCGCGACCAGUUUCAGGCUUCACUUCCUGCUCCGUGCCGUCUGUCAUCACCUGUCAGGUAGGAUAGGUGUUGCACCGAGCGCUGAGAGAGCACACACACACACACACACACACUGAGGUUAUUCCUCAGACGGAGCACUCUCGCUACUGAGCUUGAAAGACGGACUGAUGAAUCUCUACAGGAGUUUUGGGUGUUUGCUGGAGACCUGGGUGGCUGAGGGUUACCCGGUUGAACGCUCAAGCUCAGCAGAGGCUUUGGAAAAAAAACUGGACCUGAACGGCAGCGACUCAGCGUCUGCAGACUCCCUGAGGCUCACAGGAGCCACUCUGAGGUCUGAAUCUGAAGACUCUGGAGUGGAGCUGCCAUCUGUGGUCAGCCCUUUAACCUCCCAGCACCAUGUCCUGACCAAACAGGCUUCGCAGCUAGGAGAGGAUGAUUUACGACCCACAUCUUCAUCGCCGGCUCUUUCUCAGUGCUCGUCAUCCUCCUCCUUCUCAGCGAGGGAAAGUGUUAAACUGCUUAAAGGAGGCGGAAAACCUUCGGAGACGACCGGGCUGAAGGUGGAGGAGGUGCUGCGGAGAACGGAGCCAGCCUGGAGGAGAAGCGUGGAUGGUAGCCUGCGGCGUCGGUGUAACACUGCUUCAAUAUCCAGCAGAUCUUCCACACCCUCCAUACGCUCCAGAGUUGGAAGCAUAGGUCCAGGAAGGCCUUACGUGCAGCCGGCUAAUGAGCAAAGAUCGUCAGAAACUCCGAGAGAAAGACACACACCACAGCAGCCUGCUGUCAGUCCCAGAGACCCAAAGGAGAAGUCUGCAUGUGACACUGGACCUGAGUGGGAUCAUCUGCCUCCUGGGUUUCUGUACCUGGAGCAAAUGUGCCGGAUGCUGGAAGAGAUCGCCAGGCUGCAGAGGGAGAACCAGAAGCUGCAGCAGGUGAUGACGAAGAGCCGAGACGAGACGGAAGAGACGGAGAUGAAGGCUGUCUGCACGAAGAACACUCAUUCCGACUCCACAGUCGGUGAGAAGCUGGACUUCCGGGAUGCCAAAGUUCAACCAGGACUUCCCUCUGAAGCGUUCCGUCGAAGGAGCGUGUCUGAUACGUGGACUUUUAUCGGACGGCGAAGUAAAUCUAAAGCCCCUCGAGCUGAGCACUUCCCAUCUACAGACAUUUUACUGGAAGAGCCUGAAUCCCCACAGUCGCCGGUUGAAACGGAGCAGCGGAAGGCGAGUAACAGCCUGAAACUGAAGAUUAGCUCACUCAGAUGGAAUGAGAAGUCUAAAGAAGCCAAGAGCAGCAGCAGCCUGGAAAAAGAGAAAAAGAGGACAUUUGGACAGUUGCUCAAGAACAGAAGAAAGACCACACGAAUCUGACUGGCUGCUCGGACCUGAACGUGACAAAAGAAGUAGCAAAAUAAUAAAUGGACACAAUGCAAUGUGGACAAUCUUCACAUCUUCCAUCAGCUUGCCAUUUUUAUAUAUGGAACACAAACGAUUGAAGAUUUAUCUUGCCUAAAUCUUGCUUACAUACAUCUUCUUUUUAUUUUCAUCAGGCUGAAUAUAUGAUUUUAAUUAUUUUUGGUUUUUGUAGCCAAGGCGAAAUAGUUCCCAACACAUCUCAUUGCAAUGAAAUCAUGGUGGGUGGAGAUUAUGCGGAUAGUUAUAACAUUUCCAGCUAAUUCUAACCUCUUUAUAAUUUCGAGAAAUCCAGGCCUGGAUGUGACCGAUGUAAUUGAGCUGUAAAGACGUGGUGCACAUCUAAAAGGUUUUUCUGGAUAAUGUUGAGAUUGCAACAUGUUUUUUUGGGUAAGGUUUCAAACCAGGGUGGGGUCGGGAUGACUUAGUACUACGCACUAAUCUGUUUAUUUCAACAUUACAUUAAUAUAAACCUAAAUAAUUAAGCCUUACCUAAGCUUGCCAGUAUUUUAAUGGAUAUUAAUAAUGCAUGCUAGAUGCAUUAAGAUAAACAAAGCACUUACAGUGUUGUAGGCAUUUUACUGUACACUGGUGUACACUCUCACUAAAGAGUAGGUCUUUUAAUUUUUUUUUUAUAAAAUAAUCUUUAACCUUAAAACAAAAACUCAGGUAGGUUAAAGAAGCACUCUCAGGAUUUUGACUAUAUUGCAGUGUGUGUGUUGGUGGUGUUUUAUAUUUUUCGAUCGUUAUAACUUUUAUAUUAUGUGCUGCUAAAUUAUUAAAAACAAAAGAGAUCUCGGUCUCUUGCCUCGUAUUGUAAUUUGUGCAAUGUGGAACAGAUGUACAGUGUAAAGCUCUUAUGGUUGUAUAU